GCACGAAAAAAACAGCCCUUCUUUAUGUAAUGGCCACUGGAAACAAAACAAAUACUGCAACAAGGGAAGGAAAAUAGUGAAAAUUAUGGCAAAAGUCUGUCUUGAGGACAACAAACUCCCGAUUUAUUGUCAUUUUUUAAUCGUUAGCAUUGCCCUUUAUUAAUUCUUCGUUAAAAAUGGCCAACGAUCGGGAAGUUUUGCGUGAAAUUUGGGAUGGGCGAAUACCCGUGUGUUUCCAGCUCGACUCCAGUGAGGUUAAUGGGCUGCAAGCGCCUGAUCCAUAUUAUUUGAUGGUUCCCAGGCUGUCAUAUUUUCCACUAGUCACUGAUAAGGUGCGGAAGCAUUUCCAAAGAUUUAUUCACCCUGACAUGAAAGAAUCGGAGAUGUGGAUAGAUUUCAAUGGACAACCUCUCAAAUGGCAUUACCCUAUUGGUGUCUUGUGUGAUCUUCAUAUACCUGAAAUAAGUCUUCCCUGGUGCGUAACAGUUCAUUUUGACAAGUUUCCUGAAUCUGAGCUAUUACACUGCCCCUCAAGAGAAGCAGUUGAGUCUUACUUUAUGUCUUGCAUCAAAGAAGCUGAUGUAUUAAAACAUAGGAGCCAGGUAGUAUCUAAUUUGCAGAAAAAGGACCACAACCAAUUAUGGCUUGGAUUACAAAAUGACAAGUUUGAUCAAUUCUGGGCUGUGAAUCGAAAACUCAUGGAGGUUAAUAGUGAAGAAACCUUUAAAUAUAUCCCAUUUCGACUUUAUCAAGGAGACAAGCCUUUCUCUCAAAGACUUGUUAAACCUAUCAAUGAAGAGGGCCAAAAGAAAACAUUGUUUCACUUUUUACAAGAAAUUUAUGCGGAAGAUGCUUGUAAAGUCAAAGUUACCACACAUGGAGUAGAACCACCUCCAGAUACCCCUCUUCAGUGGAUGAGUGAACACCUUAGUUAUCCAGAUAAUUUCUUGCAUUUGUGUGUUGCAUUUUGAUGACGUCACCAAAAGCACUGUUUUAAGCCUCUUUAAAAAAUUGUAUUUUUGAAUGUUUUUAUUCUAUGUGUCAUGCGUUGGUGCUUUGGUACCUUGGUGUCUACUGGAUUUUGAACCCUGUAUUUGUUGGCUGAAUUAAAUCAUGCAUCACAGUUAUGUUUAAGAUUAAUUUACUUUAAUUUUGUCCUUCUGAAAUAUUUGUGACUGCUUAUCUUUGUCUUAUCUGAAUGUUUAAAGCUAUGUAUUUUAUUUUCAAUUUUGGAUCUUUUUUCUUUUUUGUUAUGAGUUGAGAAUCUUUACUCCAAAUAGAUAUAAAGUUUAUCAAUAGGUGUCUUGUUCUCAUCUCUUACUGUGUUUCUAUCUAUUAUGAGUGUACUGCGAAUCAUGAAGUAAUGUAUUGCCAACUUUUUUAAUAUUCUUCUGCUGAAUCAUGUCUGUGUUUAACCAACAUCAGCUUUAGCAAUACACUGUGCAUUAAUAAUAAUAUUCAGACUGAUACUGUCUUGCUUUAGCAAAGUUGUUUUGUUGUGCUAUGGGACUCAAUUGUGUUCAAACCUUGCUAAAAAAUACAUUCUUAUUGGACCGUUUGUUUUUUUAAGUAAAACUGUUAUUCAAGCUGAUGCAUAAUGCAGUCUUUACAUUUCCCCACUACAUUAGGAUUAUUCAUGUUUAAAAAUUUUUAAAUGAAGAAGAAUUUCCCUGUGAUAAUUUAUAGUUUGAAAAUGGGUGUAUGCUCCCUGUUCAAUAAACUUUUCUUGAUUAAAAA